GCCCCUUACACCAACCUAGCUGGAGUGAACUGAGCGACAUAACAACUUACGACAUUGUUCGUACACUCUUCAAAUAAUUGUUUAUACAUAAAUAUAUGAAUAUUAUAGCCUAUACGUACGCUAAAUACAUUCACGUUUUCAGCGUGGUUUAGGUAAUGUGGUUAUGGUAAAACAACAAACUCCAUGCAAUGUAGCAUGCAUAAAAGAUGGUCAUGCUAAGAAUAGACUAGAGAUACACAUGAGAGCGCUUUAAAUGUAAAAGACUGGCCGCCGAUUCACAGCUCUAACGAUUUAUCUCAAUCAUGCCCAAAUAGUGGCCUGCUACAUGGAGUAGGCUAAACUCCCGUUUAUCAAGGGUAUCCGCCCAGUUAAAUUUAGGUUUCGUUUCUUACUGGUAUCAUCAUUUCCGAAGAACCUCUUUUCAAAUCACCCGGCGAUUUAGCUGCACGUAACUGAAGUGGCUUGAUCGUAAAUUUAAACUUUAAAUUUAUGUUGCGGAAUUGAUCCGUCAUAUGUAUACAACAUGAGUGGACGGAGUAUGCAGGCUCGUCGCCAAGUUGGACUGGAAUUCAUUGAAUUCCUAGAAGAAACAAAUCGAAGAUCCAUUACAGACAAGCACGAACUCCGUGACAUCUACAACUCCGAAUUCAGGAACAGAACUCUUGGACUCAAGGACCCAAACUUCAGUGGGAUUCUGUAUGCUCUAAGGUUAUCCCGAAAAGCCAAGAUUUACGAUGGACAAGUACAUUUCAAUCCCAUGCAAGUGACCUACGACUCUGAGAUGGAAAGGUUCCCCCUCAGCUCUGGAAGUAUGCAGGUGAGGGCUUUUCAUGAAGAUCAGUGGCAAAGACCCCGGUCCCAGCACCCGCAGAAGGGGCUGUCCAAUGGAGUGCCUGUGCAGAAUGGAGUUUCUCCUGACCGGGGCGAAGCCUCAGAGCUCGUGUCAGGGGUCCGUGCUAGGAGAGAACUAGCACAUCGGCUCAUCCAGAACCUGAAAGCCAACAGGGAUAUGUAUAUAUCUGACAAAGGGGGGGUCACCAUCACAACUGAUCAUAAUAUGGAGGAGGGGAGAAUUCGCAUCUCUGUGGAUGGAGUGACAGAGGUUUAUGUGGUCAGGCUGUUCGUGGAGAACAAGGGUUCGGGCCCGGUCCACUUCACCUACUACUCUGCCCUGCACUGGAUGAACUGCUUCAUCCUGGAAGAUGAGCACAAAGUCACCCGAGCCAACCCGCUCCAACUCCUACCUGGUGUGCGCUAUGAGAUCCAGGUCAAGUUCAAGCCUAAGAUGGUGGGCUUCUACCCCGCCACUCUGGCCUUCGAGUUCAAGACAGACCUCCUGCCCUCCUCCGCGGCCUUCCACGUCGUCCGCUUCCUGGAAGCCCAGCGCGUCACCUCCCUGGCCAGGGAGCUGGCCCCCACAGCCCCCUACAGACGCCGCCCCAUUACAGCUUCCAACUCCCAGUACUUCACUGUGGAGGAUGGAGAGCCUCCUGAAAGCACGGCCAAGCAGCGUCUGGUGUCGCUGGUGUCGCUGAAGGACUACAAGGUGCCGGCCUAUGUGAGGGAGCUCAUUCAGUUUGAUCGGGGCAAACUGUCCUCUUUUUCCUAUCGAUCGGAAAUACGCUCCGCACAGGCAGUGUUGGAAGGUGCUCUGAGCUGGGAGAACUACUCUCACAAGUUCCAGGUGCUGCUCUACCUGGAGGAGCUGCAGAUGGAGGUGGACAUUAAGAAGUACAACAUGGAGGACCAGCCCAUGCACUUUCUCCACACCAAUAAGAGGUUCCUGGUUCUCGAUGUGCCAGGUGUGUCAGAGAACCGUCCGUCGGUGCUCAGGGGGGACGCCCUGCUAGUCACCAAGACAGCCGAAGCAUCGCGAGGCUCAGCCGGCCUGGUGAAGUACAAAGGGUUUGUCUACAGAGUGGAACUGGAGAAGGUCCAGCUGAACUUCAAUAAGAAGCUGUUGGCAAGCUUCAUAGAUGGGAUGCAGUUCAACGUUGAGUUUACAGUUAACCGCCUUACAACUCGCCUCCAGCAGAGGGCAGCAGAGAUGGCCUCCCAAUACAAGCUGGGGAAGGUGCUGUUUCCUUCUGAGGAAGACUCUGUUCCCAUGCCCGACCUCCCUGAUCUCAGGCUCUACGACGUUAAGCUGGAGAAGAACCCAGAACAGCACAGAGCUAUUCAGAACAUUGUGGCUGGCUCAUCCAGACCUGCUCCUUACCUGGUGUUUGGCCCACCUGGAACAGGAAAAACAGUGACUGUGGUUGAAGCUAUUAAACAGUUGGUGAAGACGAACAGCGUCAACCACAUCCUGGCCUGUGCGCCGUCCAAUAGUGCGGCAGAUCUGCUGUGUAAGAGGAUUGUCGAACACGUUGACAAGCGGCUGGUGUUGCGCAUGUACGCCAGCAGCCGCAACCCCUGGGACGUGCCUGCGGAACUGCUGACAUGCUGUAACCUGGAUGAGGACAAGGAGACCUUUGUGUUUCCCUCGAGGGAGGAUCUUAUGGAGUACAAGAUAAUGGUCACCACCCUGCUGACUGCUGGAAGGUUAGUGACUGGAGGAGUGCCCCAGGGUCACUACAGUCAUGUGUUUGUAGAUGAGGCAGGACAUGCAGUGGAGACAGAGUGCAUUAUUCCCCUGGCAGGCCUGCUCCAGCCUGGGUCAGGUCAGGUGGUGCUGGCUGGUGAUCCCAAGCAGUUAGGACCCAUCCUGAGAUCUCCUCUGGCCAUCAAGCAUGGGAUGGGGCUGUCUCUGUUGGAGAGGCUGAUGAAGGAUGUGUCUCUGUACCAGAAGGGCAAGGGAGGGGCCUACAACGACCGCUAUGUUACCAAACUACUGCGCAACUACAGGUCUCAUCCUGCCAUCUUAAAGAUUCCCAACGAGCUCUUCUACGAUGGAGAGCUUCAGGUGUUCGCCAACGAGAUUGUUCGCAACUCCUACUGCAACUGGGAACAUCUGCAGAAGCAGGGUUUCCCAAUAAUCUUCCGUGGGGUAACCGGUCGUGAUGAGCGUGAGGCUAACAGCCCCUCCUUCUUCAACGUGGCAGAAGUAGAGAUCCUGAUGGAAUACUUGAAGAAGCUCUUCCAGACCCAGGGCAAGAAAGGCCUGGCAAAAAUCUUCCCCAAGGAAAUCGGAAUUAUUGCCCCAUACAGGAAACAGGUGGAAAAGGUCCGCAAGGCCAUCAAGAUAGUGGAGAAGGAGCUUAAGCUGAACAUGAAAGACUUGAAGGUGGGCUCAGUGGAGGAGUUCCAGGGACAAGAGAGGAAGGUGAUCCUGGUGUCGACAGUUCGCAGUUCCCAUGAAUACGUCAAGCUAGAUCAAAAGUUCAGCCUUGGCUUUGUCAAGAACGAGAAGAGAUUCAACGUGGCAACGACACGAGCCAUGUCCUUGCUUGUUGUGGUGGGAAACCCCAUAGUUCUGAGAGAAGACCCUAUAUGGGGCAGGUUCAUCCAGUACUGUGAGGAUCAAGGGCGUGCUGCUGCUUUUUACUGUCACGCCAUGGAGGAGGAGGAAGUGCUGGUGGAGAGACUGGCUGCUCUCUACCUUCAAGCAGAGCCUCAAGUGGACACGGAAGAGAGUGUGACCCAGCAGCUUUUGGACCCUGAGUGGAGAAACGAGGUGUGAGCCCAUGGCUCUCGGGAAUCGUUCCAGAACACACACACACACACACACUCAUCCACAACCAGUACUCCUAGGAUGAGGGAGUGUGUGGUUUUAGUUUUGGAGAACGGACUCUGACUGGACUGAAGUGGAAUGGACCCAUCCUGAAGACCAUGGAACAUGACAGCCGAGAGAACUUCGGAAUCCCAUUUUUCUAAUUAGAGUUUAUUUCUUCUGAUAUAUGUCAAGGUCUGGAGCCCUCUGGAAUGUUUUCACCCCGCAGAGAAGCCCUCUGCCCUCCCUUUAAAGUGGUCUCUUGAUCUAGUGGUUUCUUGGAUGCCAUUAUCUUACAGUUUUUCGUGUCUCAGCCAAAGUGCCUUUCAUGACCAAAGCCCCUCAAAUUGAAAAGCACUUGGACUUAAUGGAAAUGAUUAUCAGCACUUUGUUGGAUGAAUUAUUUUGUGAUUAAAUGGAAGUUGAGCUCACUGUGUAA